UUUGGAGUUUAGAAUGCGUAUUGUAUUUCCAGUUAAACGUCACUGACAUAUUUCACAAACACGUGUUGACAGUUUUCAAUCAAAAUCGCCCAGCGAUGGACUUCUCCCUUGGAGAAACAUCCAAAACAACGAACCUCAUAUUGUGUUGUCAGUGUGGUGUAGAAAUUGAGCCCAAUGCCUCAAAUAUGUGUGUAUCCUGUAUCAGAACACAAGUAGACAUCACAGAGGGAAUACCAAAACAAGCAGUCAUUUAUUUCUGCAGAAACUGUAACCGAUAUUUGCAACCCCCAAGUACCUGGAUCCCAGCACAGCUAGAGUCUAGGGAGCUUCUCUCUAUUUGUUUGAAGAAAUUGAAAGGAUUAAAUAAAGUAAGAUUGGUUGAUGCAGGAUUUGUCUGGACAGAACCACACUCCAUGAGAAUCAAAGUGAAACUCACUGUACAAAAAGAGGUGAUGAAUGGGGCUGUUCUACAGCAGGUGUUUGUGGUGGAGUUUACAGUCAACAACAACAUGUGUGAUGAUUGUCAUCGUGUGGAGGCCAAGGAUUUCUGGAGAGCUGUCGUGCAAAUCAGACAAAAGACAGAUCAUAAGAAGACAUUUUUCUUCUUGGAGCAGCUUAUUUUGAAGCACAAAGCUCAUGCCAACACAGUGAACAUAAAAGCUGUACAUGAUGGAUUGGACUUCUUCUAUGCACAAAAACAAGAUGCCCGUAAAUUGGUUGAUUUUCUGGUUAAUGUCGUCCCUUGCAGGUAUCAAUCAGCACAAGAGUUGGUGUCCCAUGACGUCAGGAAUAAUACCUUCACAUACAAACAUACUUUCUCAGUGGAGAUUGUGCCUAUUUGUAAGGACAACAUAGUGUGCCUCCCUGCUAAGCUUGCCCAGAUGCUUGGCAACAUCAACCCAAUCUGCAUUUGUACACGUGUUACCCAGUCUGUGCAUCUUAUAGACCCCAAUACACUGCAAGUGGCAGAUGUGAGUGGCACACAGUUCUGGAGAUAUCCCUUUGUAAAUCUCUGUUCUCCAAAAAGAUUUGUGGAGUUUAUGGUGAUGCAGGUAGACAUUAUUCCAGAAAAGGACCGCCCUCAUAGAGUACCCGUGUCCCAAAAGCAUGUUUUGGCUGAUCUGUGGGUGUCAAAGGUCACAGACGUGGGACUGAGCGAGCAGCAGUACUUUUGUAGGACACACCUAGGACAUCUGCUGAGUGCUGGGGACACAGUUCUAGGAUUUGAUUUCACAAAUGCCAACUUAAACAACCCAGACUUGGAGAAGGUUAAAGCUGAAAAGUUACCAGAUGUGGUAAUAGUGAAGAAGGUAUUUGGUGACAAAACACUCAGAAACAGAAAGAGAAGAUGGAAACUGAAGCAUCUCCAUGAUGACCUUCAUAUGGAAACUGCCAGCAAUGAAAGAGAUUACACAGAUUUUCUGGAGGAUUUGGAGGAAGAUCAGACUACCAGACAACAUGUCAAUAUUUAUAAAGAUGAGAGCAAGAUUGCAGUUGACACAGAUGAAACUGAUGAUGAGGGUCUACCACAGAUCAGUCUCCAGGAGAUGCUUGAUGACCUUCACAUCCAUGAUGACCCUAUGGGUGAUGAAGAUUAGGAUGGUGGUUAAAAAGGACAGAGAUUGAAGAUAUAAAACAACAUGAAAAUGAGGGGAUGGGAGGAGGAAGAUUUUGUGGUCAACAAAAAAAGAAGUUUUUAAUUUUAUAAUGCAUUUGCAUCCCUUUGAAUGACUUGAUAUUCCUGUGGCUUGUUAUUUUGUUACCAAUUCAAAUGAGUAGAAAUGAAAUGUGUUAUUGACUUGUAUUAUUAUA